GCGGCGGCGCCCGGAAGCGAAGUGCGGCGGCCUCGGUCCGGGUGCGGUGAUGGCGGGCGCCCAUGAGCGCUGGGAGGCGCUGCCCGUGGCGCUGAGCCCCGCCGUGCGACGGGCGCUGCAGGAGCUCGGCUUCGCCAGCAUGACCCCGGUGCAGUCUGCAACCAUCCCGCUCUUCAUGAAUCACAAGGAUGUGGCUGCAGAAGCGGUAACCGGCAGUGGCAAAACCUUGGCAUUUGUAAUUCCCACACUGGAAAUUCUUCUCAGACGGGAAGAGAAAUUAAGGAAAAUGCAGGUUGGAGCCAUAAUUAUCACACCAACGAGAGAGUUAGCGAUUCAGAUUGAUGAGGUCCUGUCUCAUUUCACAAAACACUUGCCCAGGUUUACUCAGAUUCUUUUAAUUGGUGGUAGGAAUCCCAUAGAAGAUGUUGAAAAGUUUAAAGAACACGGUGGGAACAUCAUUGUGGCUACGCCGGGCCGCUUGGAGGAUCUGUUCAGAAGAAAAGCAGAUGGGCUGGAUCUAGCAAGUUGUGUGAAGUCUCUUGACGUGUUGGUGUUAGAUGAAGCAGACAGACUCCUCGACAUGGGCUUUGAAGCAAGUUUGAACACCAUUCUGGACUUUUUGCCCAAGCAGAGGCGCACAGGUCUGUUCUCAGCAACUCAAACUCAAGAGGUGGAGAACCUGGUGAGAGCCGGUCUCCGUAAUCCUGUCCGCAUCUCGGUGAAAGAGAAGGGAGUGGCAGCAAGCAACACACAGAAAACUCCAACACGCCUGGAGAACUAUUACAUGGUGUGCAAAGCAGAUGAAAAAUUUAAUCAGUUGGUGCAUUUUCUUCGACAGCACAAACAGGAGAAACAUUUAGUCUUUUUCAGCACGUGUGCCUGUGUGGAAUACUAUGGAAAGGCUUUGGAAUCCUUAAUUAAGCAAGUGAAAAUAAUGAGCAUUCAUGGGAAAAUGAAACACAAGCGUAACAGGAUUUUUACUGAGUUUCGGAAGCUCCCAGGUGGCAUUUUAGUUUGCACUGACGUGAUGGCCCGUGGCAUAGACAUCCCAGAAGUGAACUGGGUUUUACAGUAUGAUCCUCCCAGCAGUGCAAGUGCCUUUGUGCAUCGGUGUGGUCGAACAGCACGGAUCGGCAACGCAGGCAGUGCACUUGUAUUUUUGCUUCCCAUGGAAGAAUCUUACGUUAACUUUCUCUCAAUCAACCAAAAGUGUCCUAUGCAGGAAAUGAAACCACAGACAAACGUGUUGGAUCUUCUCCCAAAGCUGCAGUCCAUGGCCCUGGCUGACCGGGCAGUGUUUGAGAAAGGGAUGAAGGCCUUUGUGUCUUACAUCCAGGCUUACGGCAAACACGAAUGUAACCUGAUCUUCCGAAUAAAAGAUCUGGAUUUUGCUAGCCUCGCCAAAGGUUUUGCAUUGUUAAAAAUGCCAAAGAUGCCUGAACUAAGAGGAAAAUGUUUUCCAGACUUUACUCCUGUCAUUGUUAAUACAGACUCCAUUUCAUUUAAGGAUAAAAAUAGAGAAAAACAGAGAAAAAAGCAAUUGGAACAACAAAGAAAAGAAAGAGAGGAGAACGGAGGCAAAAAGAAAUUCAUAAAGAACAAAGCCUGGUCGAAGCAGAAAGCCAAGAAGGAGAAGAAAAAGAAAAUAAUGGCUAAAAGGAAGCGUGAGGAGGGCUCCGAUAUUGAAGAUGAAGAUAUGGAAGAGCUGCUGAAUGACACGAGACUCUUGAAGAAAUUAAAAAAGGGAAAAAUUAGUGAAGAAGAGUUUGAGAAGAGACUAACGGGCAGCCAGGGUAGACUGAAGGCAGAAACUGUUGCUGACUGAAGGCCGAAACUGUUGCUGACUGAAGGCCGACAAUUGUUUUAACACUUUUACACUAAAAUACUGCCCGUUUCAAUAAAACUGUCUUUUAAUAACAAAAUGAUGAUGAAGAGAACAGAAUUGAUCUAAUUUCUUCAGAAAGAGACCUGGUGUCCAUAAAGACAUGCAAACAAGACUGUGGUGAAGAACAAAGCUAAAAGCACUGCUCUUGUAUGGUAUGGCAGGAGCUUUGUGUGUUUUCGUUUUGUUUUGCUUAGGUCAGCAGCCGCCCACCUCACUGAGUCUGAAUACACCGCAAGCAGAACACCAGAAUGA